GCAACAGUAGGUCCUUUAAGAGUCGAGAGGUCAGGCCGUGCUGUUUGCCCUUCCGGUUUGCGUCCGUGACGUCGACACCCCGGAAGUUGACGCUAGCGGAUGCACAUGGCCGCGCCCUGUAAGGAUGCCUCUCGUCGUGUUUUGCGGGCUGCCGUAUAGCGGCAAGAGCCGGCGCGCGGAGGAGCUCCGUGAGGCGCUAGCGGCCGAGGGCCGUGCGGUGCACGUGGUGGAUGACGCGGCGGUGCUGGGCACGGAGGACGCGACAGUGUACCGCGAUUCGGCCCGUGAGAAGGCGUUGCGCGGGGCUCUGCGAGCCGCGGUGGAGCGGCGCUUGAGUCGCCACGAUGUGGUCAUUCUCGACUCGCUUAACUACAUCAAGGGAUUCCGCUACGAGCUCUACUGCCUCGCGCGGGCGGCGCGCACCCCGCUCUGCUUGGUAUAUUGUAUACGGCCGGGCGGUCUGAGCUUGGGACCUCGGGUGGCGGAUGCGGCAGACAACCAAGGCCAGAACGUCAGUGUGAGUUGGAAGCCGCGCACUGAGGAAAGUGAGAGACCUCUGGCGGCUGGCAGUAGUGUCCUCAGGGAACCCCAAACAGUGGACUUUGUAGUAAGUGGAAGAACCCAGGCCGACGUACCUAAGGAACUGGAGCAGGAGGAAACCAAGGCGCCAGAUCUUCCAGCUUUUGUGACUCCAGAUAAAUCUGCAAAGCGUGUGUCUAGUGUCUUUUAUCCUCCAGAACUUAUGGAAGCCCUAACGCUGCGCUUUGAGGCUCCCGACUCUCGGAACCGCUGGGAUCGGCCCCUGUUCACCUUGGUGGGCUUGGAAGAGCCGUUGCCCCUAGCAGAGAUACGGGCUGCCUUGUUUGAGAACCAAGCUCCCCCACCCCAUCAGUCUACACAGUCUCAGCCCCUUGCGUCUGGCAGCUUUCUGCACCAGUUGGAUCAGGUCACGAGCAAGGUGUUGGCAGGUCUGAUGGAAGCGCAGAAGAGCGCGGUCCCUGGAGACUUACUUAAGCUUCCUGGCACCACGGAGCACCUGCAGUUUACCCGGCCUUUGACAAUGGCAGAACUCAGUCGCCUCCGUCGCCAGUUUAUUUCCUACACCAAAAUGCAUCCCAACAAUGAGAACCUGCCUCAGCUGGCCAACAUGUUUCUGCAGUAUCUGAGCCAGAGCCUGCACUAACCAGAGGGAGUGGGUGGGGGGUGGGGAAGACUUGGCUCCUCACCUAACCUCCACUGCUCUCUGUUUUUCUUGGUAGGGUAAUAUCAGGGUCUGCAGAGCAUUUUGGUGUGUCUUACUAGAGCUGUUGUGACUGAUUUACUCAUGCUUUCCUGUAUGCCAGGCCUUGAGUUAACAGCAUAAAUUGAGACUAGAAAAAAA